AUGCGUAGACGUAAUGUUGAUCAGUCACAAAGCCCAUCAAGGAGACCUUUAGCCAACGCCAAGAUAACUGUUGUCUCAGCACCAAAUCAACAUAUAUCUGGGUCUGGACCAUAUCAAAAAAGUCAAAUUGGGCAAAACUUUGGUUUACCGGAAAGCUUCCUCCCACCAGGUGAUGAGUUGGUUCUCAAGCCCAUCCAGCUGACCAAAGCCCAUUUUGUUGAUGCGUACUCAAAGGGAAAAUGGAAUCUUUCAAAAGUUCCUUGUCCUCCUUUCAUGGAAAACUCAGGGUAUAUGAAACCACCAGAGAGCUUUAAUGAAAUAACUCGGUUGGAGUCAGUCACCAAAUACAAGGAUAUGGAGCAUUGGGGAUGUUCCAGCUUUUUCACCAAACUAUUGUCGAGAUUGAAGAAGGAGUUCAAAGUGUGCGGUGUGUCUAUAUCGUUGAUUGAUAAUCUCAAGUGUUACUAUAAAUUUGAAGCAUGUUUAGGUAUAGCUUCCGUUCCUCGCUGUGUUGCUAUUGACUCCCAUGCGAUCUUGUCAAAUGGCAACUUUUUAUUGUUAGAUGCAUCCAAGGAUUGGAGAACUCGUACAAAUCCAUUGAUCACAGGAGCACCAUAUGUGAAGUUUUAUUGUGGUGUGCCCCUUUUGACUGAUACUGGUCAUGUGAUUGGGAUAUUGGCCAUUUUUGACAAUCAUCCAAGAAAGGAAUUUAGUGAAGAAUGUUGCAACUCGUUUGCAGCGUAUAGAGACGAGGUGAUGAAAUUUUUGGAUUCGCCAGUUCAAAAGAAACAUAUUCAACCGUAUCAAGGAAUUACAGACUCUUUGUUGUUAUAUGGGAAUAGAACGAAAAUAGAUUCAUUGGUUGAGUUGAAAAGGGAAUUGGGAAGACCAACAACUAACAAGUCAUCACUUGUAUACGAAAAGGAUGGCUCUGGGGGACCAUAUAACCAAAAUCAAAACAUUCGCUUCUAUGCUUUCAACAAAAAGAUUAAGCGGGAAGGAUCGACUCAAGAUAUUGAAAAGAAGAAGAAAGUGCUACGAGGGGAGAUUCUUGCAGUCCAGAAGUCGGGACCGCAACUGGAUUCCUCUUCCUCCCCAGAUAUCAUUGAUGACAAGAAAAUGUGGCACAUGCUUUUCAAAACUGGUUCGUUGAAAAAGGCUGCUGGUUUGUUGUCAAGUGUACUUUCUGCAACAUUUGACUACGAUUUGGUCUACAUUUUAGAGAUAAGGGUUGCUGAAAAGUGCAGGAUUUUGGGCGACUACUUCCCGCCAGGUGUUGACAAAAUUGAUUUGGAUCUGUUUAAAUUCGCAAACAAGCUUGUCAAAUCAAGAAAACUGCCAAAUGAGUUUAUGACUCGCUUAAUUGGUCGCAAUAAACAUUACGACACAGGCUCAGUGUCCCAAGCCAAAAUUGAACAGUUUUUUCAAAGUUCAAUACACUACAAGGCUUUCAUUUCUGAAUUUGGUUUAGAAUACACAAACAUCAAGCAAGACACAUUAUACAACCAUGGGGUAUUGAUGCCCUUCUUCAGACACGACUCAAAAUUGGUUAGAAACAGCGAGGUUAAAAAGGAUAAGACUGCCAAAUAUGUGGACUUGUAUUUGAGGAAUGGUGGAUUUUUGAUUGCCUUGUUCUCACGCAAAGUUAAACCAAUUGAUAAUGAAAUAGUGUCAGCUAUCUUCAAUCACGCAUGUACUUACAGGAAAAUCUUUAUAAGCUCCCAGUAA